AUGAAAGACAAUACAAUUCAGGAUACCUUUAAACUAUAAGUAGAAAUAGUAGUUUACGAGGAAUAUGUACUGGGAUAACAUCCAUAAAACGAUCGAGAGAGACUUAGACAAAGAUUCUAUAAAGAUGGAGAUGUACCAAGCUGGACAUUACACAGACUUCAGAACACAAGAAGUUCCUGCUGGUUUUGACUUUGCAGCAUAUGACUACAAUGGUGAAGACCUGUCUUUUCUGUUAGACAGUAAAGGACCUGGGCAGCAGCAGUACCUGGACAGCUACCGAGAGCCACAAAAACAAAAAUGCCUACAUGAUAUCAAAGUAAACACCAAUGAUUCUGUACUGUUCAACCUGGAUUCAUACCCAGAGUUAAGCUGUUGGGCGUCAAACCCACGUGAUGCGGUGACUUUGGACCAUUCCACUCAGACCUACCACAGUCUAAUGCCCCAGAAAGGACAAUUGAGCCCAGGCAUAGAUGACGCCAGCAGCCCUUUCUUGCAGAGUAAAGACACCAACCACAGAGGAAUCACCAGCACUGUCAGCCUAGACCAUCUUGGUGAAGUAGUCCAGAGUUAUGGCCACAACAUAGGUGAGCUGUAUGACUUGGAAGAACAAAGAUCUUCCUCUUUCUGGCCUGAAUAUCCUACGCUUGGCUACACAGCCCCCAUGCCACACCCAACUGCUUCAAAAGCUGGAUCCCAGUCCCCAGAGCAGUACUGCCCCCGUGUGGCUAAACGCAAAAGUACACACUCCCAAAGACCAGCAAGAGAAGGACAGAUGGUGGGCAUGUCAACUUAUCCAGGAUCUGGCCCUAUCCUGUUGUGGCAGUUCUUACUGGAGCUUCUGCUCGACUCUGCCUGUCAUAACUUUAUCUCCUGGACUGGAGACGGCUGGGAGUUCAAGAUGUCUGAUCCAGCAGAGGUGGCCAAACGUUGGGGCCAGUGCAAGAACAAGCCCAAGAUGAACUACGAAAAGUUGAGUCGUGGUCUACGCUACUACUACCACAAGAACAUUAUCCACAAGACGGCAGGCAAACGCUAUGUGUACCGCUUUGUCUGCGAUGUGCAGGGUAUGGUGGGGAAGACUGCACAGGAGGUCCUUGACAGCCUAAACAUUAUAUCUACAGGCAUUGAGUCCUCUUGGCAGUGCCCGGAUGUGACACCAACAUCCCCAGAACAGAGCAAUGAAACAUGGGCAGUAUAGUAGUGGACAAGCUUUUAAAGGUUUGUUGUGGCCACAUCAGGGAAGACCUUCUCCGCCACCUGGCCAAUGACUCUACAACCUCUGAUUUAAUCAUUUGUCAAUGCAAUGUUGUUGAAUGCAUUAACUGAUGUUAGUUAUUGAUGUGAAAUUGGAAACAUUAUUUUCUUGAGAGGCAGGUUAUUUAAAUUUAGCACUAUGCAAUAUAUUAGCCUAAAGCUAUACUUUGUUUUGUAAAAAUAUUUUACUCUGAUUUGAGUAGUGAUAGUUUGUAAAUGGAAAUAUUUUUCUACAUAUACAUUUACAUAUACUGAAUAAAAUGCCAAUGUGAUUGAAUAUAGCAUAAUCUGUCUAUUCUGUUCAGUUACACACUGUUUUGGGCCUUUUUCUUUAAUAUAAAAUGUGAGGUAAACUGGUGUUGCUUGACAAUCUAGUCUUAAAAAAAAUUAUUUUAGCAAAAUCUCACACAAUAAUUCUUCUAUGGCAAAUCACAUCAAGCAUUUGAUUUCAACACACUGAAUCCUGUCAAGUUAUGUAAAGCGAAUGUAUAUUUUAUAUUUAUCUGCCAUGGAUUGCAUCUUAUCAGCCUUAAAUAUGGAAAGGUUUCACUAAUUCUUUAGGAUAUACUGGACAUACAAAAAAAUACAAAAAAACUAAUAUGCAUCCGAUGAACAUUGUGAACAGCAGUUGUGAUCUGAACUCAUGAAUUUGCCCUGUAGCUGAAGAGGUGCAAGUUAGUUUGGUGUGCAUCUUGGUUUGGCAUAGAGUAUGGCAUAGCGAUCCAA